UGUUAUUGCUAGUAAUGGUAGCUACGAUUUAGUUAGGUGUAUGUAUUCUUAUAACGGAGCUGUGUAUUUGGUUAAACUCAAACUGAAAGUGAAAGGCGUAGUUCACGCCGGAUGGACUCGAUUUUUUUGUUUUCCUGUUUUAUAAGUCACAUUUACGAAAUCAUAUAAACGGGGCAAUAACUAAAAGUUGCCUCGCAAUAAGUUUUGUUUCAGUUUCAUACCCGCUACGUCUAAACAACACACUAAUGGCCAGCAAGAGUAUAUGAUUGCUGAGAAAAAAGCUCCAAGUAACGUCGCCAAUAAAUCAAUGAAAGGAGCAAAGCUUAGUUGGCUGAGUGACAGGAAAGGAAAGUUAGGUUCAAAGAAACAUUUGGCGGUCGUGGCGGCGAUCGAUGCCAGUUAAAUUGACAUGUAUCUCGGGGUUAUAGUUAGUAGCAUGACGCUUGUGUUUAGCCGGUACAGGUGGAAAGCCACGGAUCAAAAGGCAACGGCGUGGUCAUGUUUGAAGUAAGAGCGUGCUAUUAUUUGGGCAUUAACGACACAUUAGGGCCGCUCGAUAAAUUGACACGGGUACGAUGACGUAUUGGGCUGAGGAACGACGCUCAACAGAUAAGCCAUCACGCAGCAGCACAGACGAGUUUGCGAGGCGGGGCAGCAACCAUCACAGAUCAAUUUCAUCGAGCGAGUGAACGGCGGUGCGACGUUUCGUAUGCUGGUUACACAAAUUUAGUAUUGCCCUGUCACGUCCAGAGACAGACGGCCGCUAACUUCGUUUUUAGUUUAGUGAGGCAAUAUUUGAUUGCGGGUGUAUGGGAGAGAUUUAGCGUUGUAGAUUUUCGUGUGUAGUUUAAAUGGGGUAUAACCCCAUUACAAGGAAUGCUCAGUACUAGUAACUUAGUUUUUUUUAAGUUUAGUGAGACAGGAUUCAAUUGCUAAUAAAUGAGAGCGAUUUAGCGAUGUAGAUUUUUCGUCUAUAUGGUUUAAACGUGGUACGGCUCUGUUGCAAGGUAGGCUUAGCAAGCGGCCCAAGUGCUUGGCCACAAAAGCCUCAGCAAUGCCAUAAAUCAAAUCAAACAUUGACGAAAGACGGUGACGUGUAUUGAGGUCCAAAGAAGUUAAGUGAGUGACCAGCACCACGACCCUGUGUUUAACCGCGGCAAACAAACGAGACGACCAUACCUUUCAAUUACUUGGCUCUCCAAGAAUAUAUGGCCUUGUAGAGAUAAUUUUUGGGGAAACUGUAGAGUAGUUACACCACAUCAGAGGCGGUACGUUGAGUUAAGGUAAUAAAUGUUGUUCAGACAUACUGAGUGUUCAAUGUUACCAAACAAAGGUUAACUGUGGAGAUAGACUUCGACUUUAUCUAGCAAGUAAUGAGAUCUUCGGGUUUAUUAUUAACUGGUAAAGUAAUAACCUUCACGCAGGUUAUGUAGAUCAGGACGACGCAACUACUUUGUAAUUUCCCGUUUAAGCGGGAAAGGUAUUAUAGAAAACCUGGAUUUAGCGAAAACCAGCCGAUCAAGCGGGUUUACUGUACUGUACAAGUCUAAAUGCCACAGAGAUCGCCUAUCGCUUGAUUUUAAUAAACAUCACGCACGCCAGAGGACUUUUGAGGCAGAUGUUUACCAACUGUGCGUGCUAGGUAGACCGAGGGCAUAUAUUGUGUGGUCUUGCCGGGCUAUGGGAAAUAUUUACGUAAAGUUGGAAGCUAAUAUUGAUACGACGGAAGUUUGAGAUUCGCUUUGCCAAAGAUACGAGUAAAACAACAUAUAAAUAAUUAAUGCGCAAUACAAUGAACCAACGACGAGUCUCCGGCAAUCAAUCAGGUUGAGGCAGCACAUAGGGCAAUACCCAGUGUGGGGAAACACAGAACCAACAUAUAUAGCUACAUUAACAGCGGCGACGUUAAUUGCUGGAGGACCUUACGGGCGAGGUCGAACAUCAGUUAAGAGGAAUCAAUAACAGGACUUAAAAUUUCCAGAAUGGCUGAGCCGAAUUCCCAUACGGGCGGGGGACCGGUUUCACUUUUAAUUAUUGCAUAAUUCAUGAAGCUACGGCGAGGCGAAACAUGGUAUCUUACACGUCACGGGUGGCAUGACCCGUAAUGGAUGUGAUUUUUUUACGACAGGCACCGUCACAUAUAUAGGAUAUAGUGGUGAUUUUAACAUGGGUGGGGGAAUGUUGUGCCAAAAAAGAUAAUGCUUAAAAUGAGUUGUGUAAACCUGAAAACGGGGACAAACUACGUGCCGGUGACUAUCGAUCUACCGAGGAAUCUGACAGAAAACACGAGCGAGAAUUUAUUCAAUAUUGUCUCAGUGGGCGAAGCUAUCCCGAUAGUUUUGCUCAUUAUUGAGGUUAUAUUCGGAUUUAUAUUCAACACAUUUGCAAUCGUUCUUUACUGCAAUCGAAGAGGUCUACUGCAGAAUGCUGGAAACAUGUUCACGGUCAGCCUCAUGGCGGUCGAUUUACUUUUCUGUGGGUUUUGCCUUCCGCUGACAAUCGUCAUUGAAUUCAUCAAAACAACGUCUUUCUAUCAACUAAACAAUCUCUGCAUGGCAACAAGGUGUUUCCUUAUGUUUAGCGCGAUUGGCAGCGCUACUGGGACAGCACUAUUGGCGCUGGAUCGAGGCGAUAUCAGUCUUCGGCCUUCCAGAAGGUUCUUCAGUGGAAAGCGCCCACUUAUUGCCAUUAUAUUCGCAUGGGUCGUUUCCUCGGCGGGCCUUAUCAUCCCAAUGGUAGCAAUUUGGUUAUACGACUCAUUUACCGAGCUUAAAUACACGGACAAGCCGGCAAGGGCGACCAAACUAAACUGGAUACCAAGCCGUGGGAGUUUGGAGAUGCUGGUCGAGUCUGGGGCAAGGACAGCAACGAGUUCUGCACUCUGCGACACUAACUGUAACUCUAUUUGCUAUAAAGACCAAUGCACACUAACCCACACCGAACUUGCGGUUCGUCUCGGGUAUCAAAUCACUGUUUUCGUUGCGGCUGGGGCAAUCACAUUAGCUAUUUACACCAAGAUCAUACUCUACGUACAUAAACGUAGCUUCAGGGAAGAAAAGAAGCGUGGGCUUGGGAUCUUAAUAAGCAAGCGGAACGAAACGAGAAAGCAAACAUCGUCCAUGAUGACACAACUUAUAUGCUGCGGUUUUAAGGACCAACGUGGUGCCUUGGAAAUGGAGGGAGGUAAAACGCAAACAAAUCUAGAAAACUCGGCAAAAACUGAGACAACUGUGAGUUUGGGUAAAGAUAUCAACACUAUCACGGAAUCGUAUGGGAGUAUGGUUCAGAACGAGCAAAGGAAUAAUACAAGCACGGAGAACAACAGGACGGAAUAUGGCGAUACUCCUGUGCGCCAACCAGUGGUGGUCGUGGAGAGCAUAGAACCAUCGUCACAUAGCGCUAGAGAGUCCCAUAACGAUUGCCCGCCAUUGGAGAACGGGACAUUGGUUACGGAUUCGGUGCAAAGUAAACCUGAAGAACAUAAAACCGAUUUCGCGUCUGUAGCUUUAUCGAUAACUGUCGUUCUCGCAUUGAAACGAAUGGUAGCAGCGAAGGUGAAGAGAAAACAGAAAAAGUUAAAGCAUUUAAGGCGAAUGACGAUCCUUAUUAUUGUAACGUUUUUCGUGAGUUGGGUUCCGUUUCAUAUUCUGCCGAUGGUGCAGUUUCUAACCAAAGACACCCCGAACCUCUUUAUAAUCUGCCAUGCUUCUGAUUGCGCUGGAAGUCUUGAGAUUUUGAACUCUACAAAGUUUGUGAGCGUCCAUAAUGCGAAAGUGGAAAACGAGAAAAGUUUCUGGAACGGUUUGUUCUUAUGGACACUCGUGUUCGCUGCAGCGUCAUCGGUGCUUAACCCGUUCGUGUACAGUUUCUCCCGCGAGAAAAUCCGGGAAGAUUUCAAGAGAACGUUCGGUUUCAAGAUCAAGUUUAGACGCAAAGAGAAAAAGUUUUCCGCCGGAAAUCGGAUGCGAACCAGAGGCGGAUCGGCCAUCUGGUCGUCGCAAUGGGGGCGGAAACGAAGGACCGAAACUGGGGCAAGAAAUGAACGAAAGUCGCCGUGUAAGCAGUAUAGGAAGGACUCCAGAAGUGACUACAAAAAGUCAAGCGUCGAUAAAGGCGAAUAUUUAAACCAUGAACCAAACGCCUGUGAGCGACUUCUCACAUCGGAUAUAAAUGAACAUAAUGUUGUAAAAAACGUGAAUUCUAACAGUUACACUGAUACUGUAGUUAAGUAUUAAACCACUGCUAUACUUUCUUUCUUUCUUUUUCAAUUACAAAACUGCCGAUGUCCAGAUUCAAAAUG